ACAUGGCGGCAGCCCAAGAAAGGAGACAGUUGGAUGAUUUAUUGUUUUGUCUUGCUGCUGAGGACGAUGAGGAUGAAAGUUUUGAGGAAGAUAUUGAAAGUAUCUUAGCAUUUUAUAUUAUGAACGAACCACAAAGCCAUUUGUCAUUUACAAUAGAUUUGGAUAAAAUUGAUGAAAAUGCGUGCAUUAAUUUGUUCAGAUUUGCCAAGAACGAUAUUCACCAAUUAUUGUUGCAUUUUUCUAUCCCUGCAUUUUAUAAGUGUCCAAACGGAACUGUUGCUAGUGGAUUGGAGGCGUUCUUAAUAUUGCUGAGACGGCUAACAUAUCCAAAUCGCCUUUCAGAUUUAUGUUUCUUGUUUGGAAGACCCGAACCAGAACUUAGUAUGAUUGUCCAUCAGAUUCUCAAUGACAUUUAUGAACGGUAUCAUUACCUGCUUGAAGAGCUUGAUCAAAACUGGAUUCAAGUUGAUGUAUUUGCUAGAGCUAUUCAUGAUUCCGGAAGUCCUAUUAAAAAUUGCUGGGGAUUCAUCGAUGGAACGUUGCGGCCAUGCUGCAGACCAAUAAGAAACCAAAGAAUUCUCUUCUCUGGACAUAAGCGUGUACACGGUUUAAAAUUUCAGAGUGUUGUUUGUCCUAAUGGACUUAUUUCCAACUUAUAUGGUCCAAUUGCUGGGAAACACCAUGAUGCAUUUAUGCUGCAUGAGAGCAAAUUGUUACCUAAGCUUGAAGAUUUAUUUAGACCACCCCAAAUAUUUACAUUGUACGGAGAUCCAGCAUACCCACUUCGACCACAUUUACUUGCACCAUAUAGAGGAGCAGCAGUAACAAGAGAUCAACAAAGUUUCAACAAAUCCAUGAGUAAACUACGUGUAUCAGUUGAGUGGACAUUUGGUAAACUGGUUCAGUACUUUGCUUUCCUCGAUUUCAAAAAGAACCUUAAGGUACUUUUACAACCAAUUGGCAUGUACUACGUUGUGGGUGCCAUUCUAAUAAACUGCCAUACAUGCCUUUAUGGCAGCACCACAUCAAGAUUUUUUAAUUUGGCUCCCCCUGAUCUCCAAAAUUAUUUGGGUCAUUAAAUUAAAGUCUGUAAUUAUACGCAAUAAGUUGAACGAUUCAUUUUUAAUAAUUUAACGGCGUCACUCUAAC